AUGGAGCAGUACUCCAGGAUGAAUACCGUCGAAAUCCAUGGUGUACCGAUGCAGCCGAAUGAAGAUGUUGUGAGCGUCGUGAAGGAGGUUGGGAAGGCCCUGGACUUUAACCUAACCGAAUCAAUAAUCGAUGCCUGUCAUCGGUUGGGCAAGAAAACGGGUCCGAAUAACUCGCCGCCCGGAAUUAUUGUGAAAUUUGUGAGACGUCUCGACAAAGAUGAACUGUUGCGAAAACGCCAUGUGAGGAGGGACUUCUCGACUCGGCACAUGAACUUGAACGUGGAUAAACCCGUAUACAUCAACGAGGCCUUGUCACCGGCGAGAAGACGUCUGUUCGCGAUGGCGCGGGAGAUCAAGCGGGACAAACAGUACAAGUACUUCUGGGUGCGAGGUGGAAAAAUCUCCCUUCGUAAAGAAGAAUCUGGGACAAUUACAACAAUAACAUGUCAGGCUGACCUUGAAAAACUGUAA